AACCCUGAAGGAUAAACCCUAGUUAUCUCCCGAUUUCUGGCUCUGCACCACCACUGAUGGCGGCGAACGCUCUCCGACUCCGGCGAUCACUCGCUCUCACGUCAUCUGUCUUCAAUCACCCUAAGAAUUUCUUUUCCGUCCUACCAUCCGUCGCACCAAGUUCCUCCCCCUCCACCACUCAACAAAACCCUAGCAUAUUUGAUGUCAAUCAGUCAAAGCCCAGUAAUCUUUCCUUCCAAUUCAUAUCUUCAAGGGCCUUUUCUUCUCGACCUAGACACAACAAUUUUGACACGGGUGAUGCUCAGAUCAAUGCAGAUGAUGUACUAUUCGAGGGAUGCGAUUACGAGCACUGGCUGAUUACCAUGGAUUUCCCUAAAGAUCCGAAACCAUCUCCAGAAGAGAUGGUGGAAACAUACGUCCAAACUGCCGCCAAAGUCCUUGGAAGCGUGGAAGAGGCAAAGAAGAAAAUCUAUGCUUGCAGCACAACUGUUUAUAAUGGAUUUCAGAUCCAGGUAUCAGAGGAAGUUUCCGAGCAGUUUCAAGGUUUACCUGGGGUUGUUUUUAUACUACCUGAUUCUUAUAUCGAUCCUGUAAACAAAGAAUAUGGAGGAGACAAGUAUGUCAAUGGAACUAUAAUUCCACGACCACCUCCUGUACAGUAUGGAAGACAAGGAGGAAGGUAUAGUGAUCGAAAUAGAGAUUACAAUAGACCUCCAAGAGGUGGAAUGGGGCAGAAUGGUCCGCCUGGAGGACAGGGUGAUUAUGCAGGAGAUAGAAGAGGCCCCAUGCCUUCGUAUCAGUCAAAUUACAACCAAGGAGGUGGGAGAAGUGUUGACCCCAGUAAGCAGCAGGUAGAUUCUCCUCAAAUGGAUCCAAGGAACUCUACUUUCAAGCAACCUGAAAGAGGUUACAACCAAGGAGGUGGUGGGAGCUACAGACAAGGAACUGAAGGACAAUAUGGCCAAGGUGGAGGUGGUUAUGGAGGACAAUACGGACAACCAGGCGGUGGAAGUUAUAAUCAAGGCGCAGGUGGACAAUACGGACAAGGAGCUGGUGGUGGUGGAAAUUAUGGACAAGGAGGUGGUGGUGGAAAUUAUGGUCAAGGCGGCUCUGGACAAUAUGGACAAGGAGGUGGUGGUGGCAAUUAUGGUCAAGGUGGCACUGGACAAUAUGGACAAGGAGGCAGUGGUGGUGGUGGACAAUUUGGGCAAGGAGGUGGCGGUAUCGGACAAUACGGACAAGGAGGUGCUGGUCAAUACGGGCAAGGAGGUCGGGGAGGUUAUGGAUAUGGGGAAAAUCCAAGAUUUUCACAAGCUGACCAGAGGAGGGACAACUAUGAAGAAGCAGAGGCUUUCAAAGAAAGAUGAUCAAAAUGUCCAACAAAGAAACGUAAAUAUCCCUUGAAGAAUGGACUUUUUACAAAGAUGAAGCAGCAAAGGGUUUUUUUUUUUUUUUU